AUGUUUUUGGUGUUGUGGGGUAAUUCCCACGCCACUUGGAUAUAUCAUUCUGCCAUAAUGUGGUGUGUAAGUGACGUGCACGGCCUGGCCUCAGGCCGUGGGCCAGCCGAAGCCAGGCCAAAGCUUUGGUCAGGCCACGACUUUGGCCUGGCCUAUGGUUCUGAAAAGCCAGGGGCCACCGGCUUGGGCCACGGCUUUGCACACUUUUUGGAACAUGAUGACGAGGGCGAAACUCGUGUUGCUGUAUGUCCAGUCCGCAAAACCAAACCUACUGCAGCACUCCUUCAUUCAGCAGAACCGGCAACUCUUUCCUUCCAGAAAAAGGCUGUCAACGACUUUUGUAUUGCUGAAGCUGCGCGAUGCACCAAACAAGCAGAAGGUACCGAACUGUCAUCUGUGGCAGGCCCUUCACAGCAACCAACUUCCACCACAUCUAAGACUGCCGCUACACCACCAACUUCACAUGUCCCCAACCAGACGAAAAGAGUUCGUGUUGACUUAGAGGAGAUUUUUGAGGACAAUGAGGACGACUAUGACGUGGAGAUGCGGGAAAGUGCAUAUAUUAAUCCGAAGUCAUCAGCAAAAAAGAAACACAUCGAGGAAGCGGACAUUGACAAAGAUGUUGACAAAGAUGGUAUCCCCAUCGAUGUUGACGUCCAAUUGAUUAACAGCUGA